GAGAAGGGAAAAACCCGCCCGGAGGCCGUCAUUCCCGGAAAACCACAUAUGGAUUUCAAGAUAGCGGUGGCUUGGAAAGAGGUCAAGACGUAUCAUGGCAGUGGCAGACAUUCUUUGUGCAUGGACACUCUACGAUUAGCUAUUUUUACCAAGAACGCCAUUGAUGUCAACAAACUCGAUGGGGUCCUCGCUUUUCAAAUCCAU